GCUGAAUCGCCAUUACCAAAGUGGUUGUGUGAAGUGGAGGCGGUGUCGCAGUUCGUGUUCCCAAUUUUUUUUAGAAACGCAGUACUGAAAGCCCUUGCCGUUUGGAGCUUGCUUGCGUUCCACUCGCCUUUUCCUGUCACAGUGUACCGACGAUCAGUGAAAGCGAUCAGCCGGAUUUCCGGGCGCUGACAUCGUCAAUUGAGGAACAUUGCGUGAAUUGAGUUAUCGAUUUUGUGCAAAACACCCUUGCAGUGUUCAACCCCGUCUGUGUCGCCGUUCUGUCUCCGGGCUGAUAUUUAGACACAAUUGAAAGAAAAGACACCGCCACAUUCAAUACGCAGAAAAAAUAUAAAACUAGCGCAUAAUGCCCCAGGUGGAGGGCGGUUAUAUAUCAUUGGUCAAUGGGACCCAAAAUGUCUAUAAUGAAACGACUGAACCAACGGGGCCGCAAUCAGUCUUUGAUAGUGUCAAACGCGCCAUAGGGCAAGUAGUUGGUAGCAAUGGAGGUCAGGACGUUGCUCUUUUGCCUACGACGAAAACCUCACAGCCAGUCAUUGUCGGAUCAAGUAUUUAUUUCAGAGAUCGUGACAAGUUUGGUCUAAACAGUAAAAUGCCAUCAGCACCUACGCAAACUGCCGAGGAGGCACGAUUACUCGGCGCCAUGCCUGUCGACCCGAUGGAUGACAUUGAAUUGCGAUCAGUGCAAUUGCAAUUCCCGAACGCUCGGGGAUCGUUGGCGGACUCGUGCGAUCUUAGAAGAGUUCCAACAGACAAAGGUGACAUUUUAGUCGCAAUUCAGGGUGAUACAACGAAACCACCAAUUUUGACUUACCACGAUUUGGGAUUGAAUUAUGCCACAAGCUUCGCUGGAUUUUUCAAUUUUCCGGUGAUGAGAGGAAUUUUGGAACACUUUUGUGUUUACCACGUGACCGCUCCUGGACAAGAAGACGGUGCCCCAACGCUUCCCGAAGAUUAUAUAUACCCAACAAUGGACGAAUUGGCUUCUCAAAUCCAAUAUGUCCUUACACAUUUUGGAUUGAAAUCAGUCAUUGGCUUCGGAGUUGGUGCUGGUGCAAAUAUUAUGGCACGAUUUGCAUUGCACAAUCCUGAUAAAGUCGGAGCAUUGUGCCUUAUCAACUGCGUGUCUACAUCAUCAGGAUGGAUUGAAUGGGGUUAUCAGAGUUUCAAUGCCCGAUUUCUACGCACUAAAGGCAUGACUCAGAGUGUAGUAGAUUACUUGAUGUGGCAUCAUUUUGGCAGAAACCCAGACGAGCGAAACCACGACCUCGUGCAAAUGUACAAAACUCACUUCGAACGUGCUGUAAAUCCAACGAACUUGGCUAUGUUCAUCAACUCAUACAUACAUCGAAAUGACCUAAAUAUCGCCCGGACACCCUCCGGAUCACCUCAAACGUCAACAGCAACUCUUAAGAUGCCAGUAAUGAACAUUACAGGUGCUCUAUCGCCACACGUAGAUGACACAGUUACACUUAAUGGACGCCUAGAUCCGACCAACUCGACCUGGAUGAAGAUAUCAGAUUGCGCUAUGGUUUUGGAAGAGCAACCAGCCAAAUUGGCUGAAGCCUUCAGGCUGUUCCUUCAAGGCGAAGGAUAUGCUUACUGAAUACCCGCGAUUAAAAAAACGCUUUCUAUGUUUCUCCUGAUUCAAAUCACUACUUUACAUAGAAAAGCCCACGUCACCCACGAUGUCUUGAAUAUAUUGCAUAGUAUCAUUUUAAUUUGAGUUACUAUUGUUCAUUUGAUAGUAUUCUCGGCGUCGUGCAAAAGACAAAAGUUGCUCUCUAAGCUGAUUCAUAUUGCGAUAAUAACCGCAAGUUAGAUGUUCAAAAUAUGAGUAUGUUAUUCGUUCACACUGGAAAAUUUUUCUUUUUUUUUUUUUCUUUUAAAACUGUACAAAGAUAAACUAAAUGUACCAAGUUGGCGCUAACUUUCUUCUAAAUCAGUGAUACACUGGCAACUAUAUUUAAGCUGUUCUGUUAUAUCGCAGGGAAGUGAUUCUGUGCGUACAUGAUUGCUACUUAGGUGUGGUUUUUUUAACCGUUUCCAAUUGUCUCCAAUCACGAAAAUGUUUGACAAGCACAAACAUCUUGGAUUUCCAGAAUGCUGCUAUACAUAUUGUGUUUUAUUGUUGUAAUUCCACUUUCGAAAUUCUCGUUGGUUGAUUCGGAAAUAUUUCCAUUUCACUUCAUCGAUUACAUUACUACUAAGUGCAUAUUCUGUUUUUACAUCCUCUAUCACGGCACACAAGUCUAUAGCAAAGCACAUUCACAUUCAUAUGCGUCAGUUGGAAGCACUUUCUCAAAAUUAUAUCAUAACUGAAAACAUUUCGCUUCUACGUGUGAGGAUUUAAAAGGAGUUGUUCACCUAACUAUUAUCUCAACAAGUCUGAACACUAUAUUAAGCUGUUGCAGCAAUAGUUUACACAUUAGCUUCAACUGGAUACCAUUUGCAGGCGAACUUGAAAUAUUCGUUCACUAAUCAAUUUAAGAACUACAGAAACACUGCCAGCACUCACAAAAUCUAUAACGUGUAAAAUUCCACCCGAGAGUACAACACACAAAUCGAAUGUAUCCAUAAAAUGGCCGUUGUCAGUAGUAUCAUGCUGCUAGUCGCUUCUAAUGGUGGGGGUUCAUAUGUCCUGGUGGACAUUCCGCCUUUGCGAAAAGCCGACUUUGUUAGUGGCAACAUUCUGUAUAUAGUACACUUUCAUACUGAAUUGACUUUUGAGUUUGAAUACGAUUUUUGAGGCUGUUUACAUAACUUGGUACCAGCUUGGCUUUAAAUUUUUGUAUAAUAGAAAAUAGAGUAAAUAUAACCCAAGCAAAUUAUGAAUACAAAAUGACGAAUAUUGAAAAACUACUAUAUUUCGUGAAAAAAGAUUUUAGUAACUGAUCGAUGUUUAUAUAUACAUGUAUUAUGGUAUUAUAUACAAAUUGUCAUUAUAUUUACAAAAAAAUGGCGUCUAAAGCACAUUGGAAGCAUUAACAUAAUACAAGUUUUGUUAUACGAAAAUAUAGAGAAAUUCUACUAUUUUCCCUGUUUUAUACACAAAUUUUUAAUUAUAUAAAUUUGGCUAGUUGAUAUUUUACAUAUAUUUUACACCAACUAAUAGAAUAUUUAUUCGCUUAGUUAUUAAUUGGUAUAUUUGAAAAGAUAUAUUAUAAGAUAAGAAAUGGAAAGUAAAUGAUAAAUAUUUGAUUCUUGUUGCUUCAAAUAAAGACUAUAUAAUGAGAUUUAAAAAAAUUAA